AUGGCGGACAGGCUAACGCAGCUCCAAGACGCUGUCAAUUCGCUUGCGGAUCAGUUUUGUAACGCCAUCGGAGUCCUGCAGCAGUGUGCUCCUCCUGCCUCCUUCAAUAACAUCCAGACGGCUAUCAACAAGGAUCAGCCUGCAAACCCAACAGAAGAAUAUGCUCAGCUAUUUGCAGCUCUGAUUGCCAGAACAGCCAAAGAUGUGGACGUACUAAUCGACUCUUUGCCAAGUGAGGAGUCCACGGCAGCUCUGCAGGCGGCCAGUCUGCGGCAGCUGGAAGAGGAGAACCACGACGCCGCGGCUCGCCUGGAGGAGGUGGUUUACCGCGGGGACAUGCUGCUGGAGAAGAUCCAGAGCGCCCUGGCCGACAUAGCCCAGUCUCAGCUCCGCACCCGCAACGGAGCGCCCACCCAGCCUUCGCCAGCCGAAUCCUGACCUUCAACAAAACAAACCAACGGAACACAAUGCAACUCUGGACAAUUUUCAUUCAUUUCAUUUCUGACCCCCUUUUUUUUCGGGUUUGUACUCUCAGACACCAGCUGUGAGCCUCACAGCACACACCGACUGCGUCCGUGCCAAACAAAGCUUGUAUGACAUCACUCGGUUGCUAAUUUACUUACUUUGUUUUAUCUUCACACACCAGCCAGCGGUCUCAAGGCAAAACACACACGUCUACACUCAGAAAAAGUCCAAAUGGGAAACACUAGAUGUUACCAGAUUCAUGUGGAUGAGAGCAGUAAGAUUCUCUCACAUGUAUGGAUAUGUUCAGAUAAACAAUGAAGGUGAUGUGUUGUGUUCUAAGUUACAAAUACACAGAGGUCUUGGAAGAGUACAAGAAGAUGUCAUUUCUCUCAAUACAAAGAGUUAAAAAUACUUCUCAACUGGUAAAAAGACUGGUCACCCUUGUCAGGUUUUAUAUGUUUAUGUAUAUGUUGUAUAUUAAUUGUUUGUUGUAAAUAUUUAUGAAUGAAACAAUUCAAAUUCUUGUUUUGGUGAAUUUUCACUCCUUUAAAAAAAAAAAAAAAGUCAAAUCACUCGGCUCAGCAUAACUCCAAGUCUUUUUGUGUUUUUUUGUUUUGUUUUUUUUUUUAAAUAAAGUUUGAAUAAACA